AUGUCACCAUCUCUCCAAUCCCUGUUUCUCCUCGCAACCCUUGCAGGUUCAGCCCUUGCAUCGCCUGUCCCAGAGCCACCCCGGCUUAUCCCCCGGGCAGUCAAUGGCUUCGAGUGCUUCAACGCCAGCCUGCCCAACAUCACCAUCUAUGCCACCGGUGGUACCAUUGCCGGCUCGGCUGGAUCUUCCGACCAGACCACAGGCUACAAGGCUGGCGCGCUGGGCAUCAAGACGCUGAUUGACGCUGUGCCUCAGAUCUGCAAUGUCUCGAAUGUUCGAGGCGUGCAAAUCGCCAAUGUUGAUAGCGGCGAUAUCAACUCUACCAUCCUCACCACUUUGGCGCACCGGAUCCAGACGGAUCUCGAUAGUCCUCACAUUCAGGGCGUUGUUGUUACCCACGGCACUGACACCCUCGAGGAGUCCUCUUUCUUCCUCGAUCUUACUGUGAAGAGCGAGAAGCCUGUCGUCCUGGUUGGAUCCAUGCGCCCUGCCACUGCUCUCAGCGCCGACGGCCCCCUCAACCUUUUGUCAGCCGUUCGACUGGCAAGCAGCGAGAGCGCCCAAGGUCGAGGAGCCAUGAUCGUUCUCAACGACAAGAUUGCCUCUGCGCGUUACACAGUCAAGACCAACGCCAACUCUCUCGAUACCUUCAAGGCUGAGGAUCAAGGCUACCUCGGAUCAUUUGAGAACGUCGAGCCUGUUUUCUGGUACCCAGCCACUCGACCUAUCGGCCACCACUACUUCAACAUCAGCACCAGCUCAACCAAGAAGGCCCUGCCUCAAGUCGAUGUUCUUUACGGCCACCAAGAAGCCGACCCGGAGCUGUUCCAGGCUGCCAUUGACAGCGGCGCUGAGGGCAUCGUCCUGGCUGGUCUUGGUGCGGGAGGUUGGCCCGAUGAGGCUGUUGCUGAGAUCAAGAAGGUUCUCAACGAAACUGAGAUUCCCGUCGUUGUCAGCCGACGCACUGCUUGGGGUUAUGUUGAUGAGCGACCUUUCGGUAUCGGAGCCGGUUAUUUGAACCCCUCCAAGUCCCGCAUUCAGCUCCAGCUUGCUUUGGAGAAGAAGCUUUCUAUUGAGGAGAUCAAGGAUAUCUUUGAGUACGUUUAG